AUGGCUACAACGUCUUCGGACAAUGGGCACUUCGUGGUGCUUGGGGCCGGCGUAAUCGGCCUCUCAACAGCGAUAACCCUCCGAAGUAAAUAUCCUUCAGCGCGCAUCACCAUUCUAGCAGAGUACUUCCCUGGCGACUACCAUAUCGACUACUGCUCCCCAUGGGCCGGCGCAAAUUGGUGUUCCUCAGCAAGCGACAAUGGGCUCCUCGAGUCAUUCGACCGCGUUACCUUUGAGAGGUUCAGGGAAAUUGCCAAGCACACUCCCGAAGCAGGAAUCAAGAGUUCACCUCUUAGAAUGAUUUUUGACCAGAAGAUUGAGGAUGCCGAGAUACUCAGCGAAGGAACUGGCAAAUUGUGGUAUGAUGGUUUGGUCGGUGGCGCAGUCUCGCUGAACGAGAAUGAGCUGCCUGAGGGGGCUGUUUUUGGACUAGACUUGCCCUGCACCUUUGUGAUCAAUUCCCAGAUUUACCUUCAAUGGCUUUUGGAACAAUGUAGGCAAGGGGGCGUGUCUCUGCUCCGGCGUCAGAUUACCCACAUCAAAGAGGCUCAUAUUUCUGCCGACGUCGUAGCUGUCUUCAACUGCACUGGCUUAGGAUCAUAUCAUCUCGGCGGAGUUGAAGACAAAGCCAUGUACCCAACGCGAGGGCAAACGGUCCUGGUGGAACAGCCCAUUCAGCCACUGGAGCGAAUGUACUUUCGAUCCCCUCGUCGGGUAGACAACGACACUACAUAUGUCUUCCAGCGUCCUCUCGCCGGAGGCAUCGUCCUUGGUGGCUGCCGCGAGGACGGCAAUUGGGACAAGGACGUGGACCCCGAAUUGGCGAAGAAGAUUAUGGACAGAUGCUGUGCUUUGGCACCCGAGCUCGGCAGGCCUGAGGAUCUAAAGGUAAUCAAGCAUGGUGUGGGCUUAAGACCAAACCGCAAGGGCGGCCCUAGAAUUGAGGCCAAGAAGGGCGGGGAUGGGUUGAUAAUACAUAAUUACGGUGCCUCUGGUGCAGGAUAUCAAGCAUCAUGGGGCAUGGCAGCACAUGCAGUGAAAUACAAAUUCACCAUUCUUCCGGAAUAUUUUAUAGACUACUGCAAAACAGCCGAUGACAGUCCUGGAGGCAAAGCGACGACGCAAGCCGGCCUAGGUCUCCUUGACAAAGCUUUUGGAGACUCGCCACAACGUCAAGAAAGCGGGGAUACUAAGCCGUGGAACCGUUUUGCGGCACAUGUCAACCGACUCAACGAUGAAAGCCCCGCUGGGGUGGAUUACAAAGUACUCUACCUAACCAGACACGGCCUCGGGUACCACAAUGUCCAGGCGGCCAAGGUUGGGACGGCAGAGUGGGAUAGAUAUUGGUCACGACUUGACGGCGAUGGGGUCGUCACAUGGCUCGAUGCAGAGCUUGUCGAUACCGGCAUCAAUCAGGCCAGAGAUCUGGGUGCUUUCUGGAAGGCUGCUACGGCUGCUGAAGGAGUUCCCUUCCCAGAAUCAUUCUACACGAGUCCUCUUCGGCGUUGCCUCGAGACCAGCAAGCUUGUCUUUGGCGAUCUAGUCGAGGGUAGAGGCCAGGAGUUCAGACCUGUUAUCAAAGAAGGGCUGAGAGAGCGCAUGACCGACCAUACUUGUGACAAGAGGAGUUCGAGGACGUGGAUCGAAGGAGCUUAUCCCAAGUACAUUAUCGAAUCUGGCUUCACCGAGGAAGACCAGCUCUGGAAGGCGGACCAGUUUGAGACCACGGAAAGUCAUGUCGCAAGGAAGCAGCAGGUUCUGGAUGAGCUCUUCUCGACCGACUCCAGCCAAUUCGUGUCAUUAACCGUCCACUCUUACGCCAUAGCUGCCAUCUUGCGGGUUGGGGGCCAGGAAGAGUUCCGGGUUCGAGAGGGCUCCAGCAUCGCAGUGCUGGUCCGGGGAGAAAGAGUUGCGACUUCAGCAUAG